AUGUCAUUGCCAUCAUCAUCAAAUGGAAAAGGAAAAAGUACCGGAAGGGAUAAUGAUGCAGAAGAAGACAUGAGGAAAGGACCAUGGACACCAGAGGAGGAUGAAAUUUUAGCAGCAUAUGUCAUAAAGCAUGGAGAGGGGAACUGGAACAUAGUACAAAACAACACAGGACUUUAUCGUUGUGGAAAAAGCUGUCGACUAAGAUGGACAAAUCACCUUAGACCAAACUUGAGAAAAGGUCCGUUUAGUAAAGAUGAACAGCGCGUAGUUGUGGAGAUGCAUGCUAGGUUGGGAAACAAGUGGUCUAAAAUGGCUCAACAGUUGCCUGGACGAACAGACAAUGAGAUAAAGAACUUUUGGCACACAAGAAGAAAGAAAUUGGAACGAGUUAAAAUGCCACUAUACCCUCCUCAUCUCAAAGUGUUGCAUGAUGACCAAGGUUGUUCCUCCCGUCAGCAACCCAAUGCCUCGCCCUCACAAGAAGAUGAAUUUGAAAAGCCAGAAGAGAAAUUCAAAACACAGAAACCAAGUCAGGAACAUCCACCAUAUACACCAUCAAUUGGCUUUAUAAGUGAAAGCAUACCACCAUCAAUUGGCUUUAUAAGUGAAAGCAUACCUCAUGAACAAGCUUCAGAUUCACCAAUUAUGCCGCCCUCAGAGCCACUUCAUGAUUCAGAUAUACUAUACUACAAUAGUUUGGGGACUACUAGUACAGACAGUGGUCUCCUUGAUUAUUAUGAGUUUCAGGAUGAUUGUUGGUGUGGCCGCUGUGACUGUUUAAGUCGCACUCCCUUCAUAUCUUUGCCCAUGGUAUCAGAACUGCCACCAUUCCCCGGAGAAGAAACAUAUCAAGAACCAGUUUAUGAAUCUUUUGAUACAAUGGCUCAGUAUCAGUCAGAACCAGUAUCUCCAAGAAGCAGUGGUUUGUUGGAAUCAAUUUUUUACCCACCAAAGAUUUUGGAUGGCUCAGAUAAUAAUUUUAGUGCUAUGAAUCCAUGUGAAACAAGAUUGGAUGACGUAGAGAACAAAAAUCAGAACCAGAGAGAGGAAACGAGUGUGGAGCCUAACACAGAAGCUAGCCAUGACAAGUAUGAAUCUGCAACAAUGGAUUCUUUGUUUGAAAUUGCUGGAAAGUCUAUGUUUCCAGGGCCAUAGCUAGCAAAGCUGGUUUAUGAAGAGGCUCAUUGGCCAUUUAUUUUUUGGUUUAUAGUUAGAUUUUCCUUGCAUUUUAUUUUUUUAAUCUCUUGACAAUGAGAUUUUUUUUAAGUACAUUAAUGUUGGACCCUUCCCCGGAUCCAGCGCAUAGCGGGAGUUUUGAUGCACCGGCCGGGCUGGCAUUUAUUUUUAUAUGGAAUUACGUAUUCAGUUCUUAAAGUAUAGUAGACUAACAUCAUG